AUGGCGGCACGUUCGCCUCUUGAUGACGGGUCGGGGUCGUACUCGUACUACGAUUCGUUCUAUUCGGACGAGGAAGGAGGUACUCUCCAGGACGGCGGAGCUCGUAGUCAGCCACGUGCGGCUCGUGGCGGCAGCAAGACCAAGUCCAACACGGCUGCGCCUGCCGACGUUGCUCGGUCCAACUCGAUCAGGGCCCGCCUCGUCCAGGUCAAGGCUGCUGCCAAUGACGAUUCCUCGUCCUCUGGCAUGGGCGGCGAGCCCACAGAGCGUCUCGAGUACAACCGUGACGAGCUGUACGAGCUCUACCCGCAAAACCCCAAGCUCUACCGCAAGAUGGGCAAGCUCCUCGGUGUGGCCAACGCACUCGGAACGGACCUGCAUCGUGGUAUUGACGUCUCGACCAUUCCGUCGCGGCGCGAGCGGUUCGGAGCCAACCGGCUGCCGGAGGCGCCAACCAAGUCGUUCCUCGAGCUCUGCUAUGAGACGCUGCAGGACUUUAUCCUCAUUCUGCUCAUUGUGGCGGCGAUUGUGUCGCUCAUUCUGGGCGUGACGGUGGCGUCGCACGACGGUGCCGCCGGUUGGAUCGAGGGUGCGGCCAUUCUUGUGGCCGUCACGCUGGUGGUCAUGGUCACGGCGCUCAACGACUACAAGAAGGAGCAGCAGUUCCAGAAACUCAACAAGCAGAAGGACGACAAGUCGGUCAAGGUCCUGCGGUCGGGCUCCGAGUCUGCGCAGUCGAUCUCGGUCUUUGACGUUGUGGUGGGUGACCUGCUCCAGCUCUCCACAGGCGACAUUGUGCCUGUUGACGGGCUGUACGUGAGCGGCAACUCGUGUGCUGCGGACGAGUCUGGCCAGACCGGCGAGCCGGAUCUCUGCCACAAGAACAAGCACAACCCGUUCUUCAUCUCGGGUUCGAAGAUCAAGGAGGGCGACGCGGUGAUGCUGGUCACGUGCGUCGGCAUGGACUCGCACAACGGACGUGCCGUCAUGGCGCUCCGCGUGCCGCCCGAGGACACGCCGCUGCAGAAGCAGCUCGACAAGCUGGCCAAGGACAUUGGCAAGCUUGGCAUGUUUGCUGCCGUCAUUCUCUUCAUUGUGCUCUCGGUCAAGUUCUUCAUCAUGCAGGUUGACAAGGGCAAGAAGAUUGACAACGAGGCGCUCGAGCUCAUGACCGAGUACAUCAUCACGUCGAUCACGAUUGUGGUGGUGGCGGUGCCCGAGGGUCUCCCGCUCGCCGUCACCAUUGCGUUGGCCUACUCGAUGGUCAAGAUGCUUAAGGACCAGAACCUGGUCCGUAAGCUUGCGGCAUGCGAGACCAUGGGCCGUGCCACGGUCAUCUGCUCCGACAAGACCGGAACGCUCACCCGCAACGAGAUGACGGUGGUCGACGGUUGGAUUGCCGGCGAGUCGCUGGCCGGCAUCGACUCUGCUGACGACGCGCUCCUGGCCAAGAAGGUCAAGGACUGGUCGGUCGGGCCCAAGGCUGAGGGCGUGGAGGGCACUCUGCUCUUCAAGAUCCUCCAGGGCAUCAACAUCAACUCGUCGGCCGCCGAGGUUAGCGUCGAGUCCAAGGAGGGCGGCGGAAGCAAGCUCGAGUGGACCGGCUCGACGACCGAGCAGGCGCUGCUCAAGUUCACGCGGCAGGUCCGCGGCUCGCUGCCGGACUACCGCGCCAUGCGCGAGGAGGCCGACUCGUCGGGCUCCAAGGUCAAGGCCUUCCCGUUCUCGUCCAAGCGCAAGCGCUCGUCGUACGUUGUCCGUCUCUCGAACGGCAUGUACCGCCACUACGUCAAGGGCGCGUCCGAGAUGGUCCUCGCUGAGUGCGUGUCGUACCUCGACGCGUCGGGCAAUGUCCGCCGGCUCACGCCCGAGAUCCGCAGCGAGCUCGAGGCUAAGAUCGGCAACAUGGCGCAGCACGCGCUCCGCACCAUCUGCCUUGCGUACAAGGAUCUCGCCAUGCCGCCGGCUGACAACUGGGACGAGGAGGACAUCUCCGAGUCGGUUGUCAUCGGCAUCACCGGCAUCCACGACGUCAUCCGCCCCGAGGUCCCGCAGUCGGUCCUCGACUGCCAGAAGGCCGGCAUUGUCGUCCGCAUGGUCACCGGCGACAACAUUGACACCGCUCGCGCCAUCGCCGUCGAGUGCAACAUCUACGACCCGGACCUCGACACCGCGCUCGAGGGCCCCGACUUUGCCAAGUGCACCAACGCCGAGCUCAAGCACAUCCUCCCGGCCAUGACCGUCCUCGCCCGCUCGGCGCCGCUCGACAAGCAGCGGCUGGUGGAGCGGCUUCAGGUCGACUUUGACGAGGUCGUCGCCGUCACCGGCGAUGGCACCAACGACGGGCCCGCCCUCUCCAAGGCCGAUGUCGGCUUUGGCAUGGGCGUGACCGGAACCGAGGUCGCCAAGGAGGCUGCAGACAUCAUCCUCAUGGACGACAAGUUCACCUCGAUUGUCGCCGCCGUCCUCUGGGGCCGCAACGUCUACGACUCGAUCCGCAAGUUCCUCCAGUUCCAGCUGACCGUCAACGUCGUCGCCGUCGCGCUCGCCUUUAUCGGCGCCGUCUCCAACGACAAGGGCGAGUCGCCACUCAAGGCCGUUCAGCUCCUCUGGGUCAAUCUCAUCAUGGACACCCUCGCCGCGCUUGCCCUCGCCACCGAGGAGCCGUCCGAGGGCCUCCUCGACCGCAUGCCGACCCGUAACGAGGACCGCCUCGUUUCGCUCGUCAUGUGGAUGCACAUCAUUGGCCAGUCGAUCUUCCAGCUCAUUGUCACCCUCGUCCUCCUCUACGACGGCCACAACAUCUUCAACGUCGAGCAGUACGAGACCGAGCACUUUACCAUUAUCUUCAACGCCUUUGUCUGGUGCCAGCUCUUCAACGAGUUCAACACCCGCCGCAUCCACCAGGAAAUCAACUGCUUUGAGAACAUCUUUGCCAACUGGCUCUUUGGCGCCAUUUGGGUCGCCACUGCUCUCAUGCAGGUCUUCAUCGUUGAGGCCGCCGGCGAUUGGGCCCAGGUCACCGGCCUCGGCGUCGGCGCCUGGUUCGGCUCGCUUCUUGUCGGUCUCAUCUCGCUGCCCAUCGGCUUCCUCCUCCGCCUCGUGCCCAUGCACGCUCCCGAGUACACCCGCGAGAACGUCAACGCCGACCGCGUCGCAGCUGGUGAGCGCCGCAUGGCCGCCCGCGCUGCGGGUGCCAUGCACUAA